AUGGCUACAAGUCAAUCGUCUGUUGAAGAAACGUCAGUGGUACGUUUUAAUAUCGAUGGAAUACAACAUCGUAUCGAAUUUGCCCAUUCAGGUAAUGCUGCCGCACUGCGUACUAAACUUAAGGAACGAUACGAUUUAUCUAAUAAAACUUGUUUUCUGGAUAAUAAACAUUGUAAAUUACACAUAGAUGAUGAAAACUCAACUAAUAUUAGUCAAUUAUUAACUCAAGACAACUUUGUUCAAUUAAGUACUGAGGCAAAAACACCAACUGAAUUGCCAGUUCCACAGAGAACAACCAAGUUACCUGAAAGAAAGAUUGAUCUGAAAUGUACUGAACCGAUUAAUCAAUCAACAAAAACUUGUUUUCACAAAAUAAAAAUACCGGUUUCAACACCAAAAAGUUCAGAAAAUAAGAUUAUCCUAGCUACUGAUCUAGGUAGUGACAUGUGGAAAAAAAUAUUUGAUAAUAAUAAUCUUUUAUGUGGUAUUCGAAUGGAUAAGAGUAUUCCUGAACGUGCUUUUGAUCCCAUAUUCAAAUUCAAAUCAUCCAAUGAUGUUCAUCCCAAAUUUCAACAUAAUGAUGAAUCUUAUAUUCGUGCAUAUAUGAAAGACAAAGAGAUGCAAAGUUCAUUUGUUUCAAGUGAAUUUUUCGAUAAUGAAUCGGAAUUUUCUAGUCAUUUUAUUAGUCUUGGUAUUAAUGGAGAAUACUUGAAGAAUAAAUCGAAGGCAAAUACACAACGAACUGUAUAUUUCACAUGUUGCUAUAAUAUUCAUCGGGCAAUUGUGCAGCUUCAUUCAUCUUAUCUUGAACUAACACCUGCAUUCAUCGAAGCAAUUGAUGCUGUUCUGUCAAUUGGUACACAACGUGAACAAAUUAUGAAAUUGCAGAAAGUUCUUCUGGAAUAUGGCCAUAUUUAUCCGCGCCGAGUUGUUUUAGGUGGUCAUCUUUAUUAUACGGAAAUGGAUUCUGUCAGAAACAAAGCCGAAGAAGAAGAAAAGCGGCUAAAAGUUGAGGCGUCCUUCGCUACUUCGAUUUUUAAACCAGCUCCAGUUCAUGUCGGUGGUGAAUUCGCGAAUAAAUUAGAGAAUAAAUUCUUCGAACAAACUUCAAUACAAACAUACAAAGCUGUGGGCGGUGAUACACUAAUGGUGAGGGAUCCAACACAGUGGACAAGCACUGUAGCUGAUCCAUCAUUAUGGCGUAUCAUUCAACAAGAUGAGUAUCAAUCGGUUAUUACACUACUGGAUGAAGAACGGCUAGAAAAACUUCAAAAACUCUUCAUACAUGAGCCGAUCGGAUAUAUAUAUCGAUUUUUCGCGUCUUGUGACCAAGAAAGGAACAAACUCUUAUUUGUUUUGUGCGCAUGUGUUUUCGGUGGGAUUUGCAUAAAAAGGGAAGCUUUUACUAGACCUGUGAUAGUUCCCACUCCUCUUACCAACUCCUUUGUUCCCGAACUAAAGUCAUUACUCAGUUCUUUGUUAGAAAAACUUGCCUUAGUAAUCAGUCCCUUUUCCGAUAACUUCGUUGAGUAACCAGUUCUUUUAGAAAGAACUGAGCCCAUUCAUUAUAUUUUUUCGCUUCGAAUACAUUGAGCAACCAGUUCAGUUCUCCGAUCAAAACCUAUAACAUGCCUAGGUUUUUUUUAAUUUUUUCGUAACAUUGUAACUUUUCAGAAAUUUUUGCUCUUCUUUUGUUCUUUUUUGUAGGCUUUAUGCAACUAGGAUGGGUGUGGGUGUGGGUGUGUGGGGUGUUGGUGUGGGUGUGUGUGUCAAGGGGGAAAAAGUGGAUCCCGGGAUCCACUGGGAUCCGCUGGGAUCCGCUGGGAUCCACUGGGAUCCAUUGGGAUCCAUUGGGAUCCAAUGAGAUCCAAUGGGAUCCAAUGGGAUCCACUGGGAUCCAAUGGGAUCCACUGGGAUCCAAUGGGAUCCACUGGGAUCCAAUGGGAUCCAGUGGGAUCCAAUGGGGUCAAAAUGUGCAGUAGAAGAACUACAAUGGCCAUUACGCAAUGUACUCAUUACCUCUGACUAUCUAUGUGAUAUUUUCAAUAUUCGAUUACUAAGAAAAGAUAAUACCAUCUUUCAGCACAUGGGACUA